AUGAAUAAGAUGCGCGCCAAGCUGAGCGGUGGGCAGUUUAGGAUGCUGAACGAACGCUUGUAUACCACCACGGGGGACGAGGGGUUGGCGCUCGUGAAGGACUCGCCCGAACUCUUCGAGGCCUACCACGCGGGCUUUCGUUCGCAAGUCGAAUCGUGGCCGACGAAGCCCGUGGACGUCAUCGCCGGCGCGCUUAAAAAGUCCCCGAAAUCUUGGGUCGUGGCCGAUUUCGGAUGCGGCGACGCCGAGCUCGGGCGCGUGAUCGAGCAAAAGUGCCACUCUUUCGACUUACAAACCCCGGAAUGCGCUCCCGAAGUCAUCGCGUGCAACAUGUCCGACGUCCCGCUCGGCGACGCCUCCGUCGACUGCGCCGUGUUCUCGCUCAGUCUCAUGGGCACCGACUACGGCUCCUUCCUCGAGGAGGCCCAUCGCGUGUUAAAACCGGGCGGUUUAUUAUGGAUCGCCGAGGUUCGCUCCCGAUUCGACGGCAAAAACGGCGCCGCCACCGUGUCUUCCUUCGUCGCCGCCCUCGGCGCGCUCGGCUUCAGGCUCGGGCGCGACCCGGACGAGCGCAACACCAUGUUCUUCACCGUCGAGCUCUUGAAGACGUUCGCCACCCCUCGCGCGUCUGCUCCCAUUCGUUGGCCUCCUUUGAAGGCGUGUUCGUACAAGCGUCGAUGA